AUGUCAUCUGCACCAGCACCCUCGUUUGAUGGCAUUGGUAUCGCCAACCUUCCCAACCAGAGGCACAAAAUCGUCGCCAAACAUGGUGCACACUUCACCAUGAUGGUUGUUGGCGAGUCGGGUCUCGGGAAAACGACCUUAGUGAACACGCUUUUCACGACUGAGUUGUCUCCUGCUAGGAACUACAGCAGGCGCCACCACAAACAACUCGACAAGCUCACCGAAGUCGAAAUCAUCAAGGCUGAGCUUGAGGAAAAGCAGUUCAAGGUCAAACUUACCGUCAUCGACACCCCCGGUUUUGGUGAUUAUGUCAACAACCGUGAUUCCUGGUCGCCAAUUGUUGACUUCAUUGAUGAUCAACACGAGGCAUAUAUGCGCCAGGAGCAGCAGCCUCAGCGCCACGAAAAGAUUGACCUCAGAGUUCACGCUUGCCUCUACUUCAUCCGACCCACCGGGCACACCCUGAAGCCGCUUGAUAUCGAAAUCAUGAAGCGCCUCGGCACGCGUGUGAACCUUAUCCCUGUUGUCAUCGCCGCUCAGGGAAUUCGCAUUUACCAACCCCCCGUUGAAAACGAUGACGAGACUGCUGCUGAGCAUGCGCGCAUGCUCACGGACGCUAUCCCCUUCUCGAUUAUUGGCUCAACUGAAGAUGUCCAGACUCCUGAUGGUCGCCUUGUCAAGGGUCGCGAGUACCUUUGGGGUGUUGCUGAAGUUGAGAAUGAAAACCACUGUGAUUUCCGCAAGUUGCGCUCUCUACUUAUCCGUACGCACAUGCUCGACCUCAUCUCGACGACGGAGGAGCUGCACUACGAGAACUACAGGCAACAACAGAUGGAGACGAGGAAGUUUGGCGAACCCAAGGUCAAGAAAGUGGACAAUCCUAAGUUCAAGGAGGAGGAAGAAUUGCUCAGGAAGCGCUUUACGGAACAGGUCAAGGCCGAAGAAGCCCGCUUCAGACAAUGGGAGCAACACCUUAUCGCCGAACGGGACCGUCUCAACAAGGACCUGGAGAUGGCACAUAGUGCCAUCAAGUCGCUGGAGGCCGAGCUCGACAACCUCCAAGCUGGCUAUGGUCGUGGCAGUGCCAGGCGGUGA